AUGGCAGAAACUCUAGAUGACCUUGAUGGAGGUUUAGAAUUUCGUUGCGGAGGAAGUAUUAUUAACUCAAGAUAUAUUUUAACAGCUGCGCACUGUGUAAUCCAUAAUGGUGCAUUCAAGAAUAUAGCCGGAGUGCGCAUUGGGGAAUUAGAUUAUAGCACUGAUGUAGACUGUCAAGGACACGGCGCAAAUAUGAAGUGUGAGACUAGGAUUCAGGAUAUGCACGUUGAAGAAAUAAUACCACAUGAGAAGUUUAAUGAACAACAUCCAGUAACUGCAGACCUUGCGUUACUGCGCCUCAGCGCUCCGAUAGUUAUGCAUGAUAACGCAGCUCCAAUAUGUCUGCCAGUGCAUGAGGAACUGCGCGCCGUCAACCUCACGGACCGCAGCGCGACUGUGGCUGGAUGGGGAGUCGCGGAGAACCGGCCUGACUCGAGUAGACUGAUGAAAGACCAAAUAACAAUUAAAUCGGGUGACAUCUGCAACUCUUACUACAACGUGCAUGAAAACCAAACCCACUUCGAAAAAGCAUUUUGCGCCGGUACGAUGAACAAGGACUCUUGCAUUGGCAACUCUGGAGGCCCUCUUAUGGUAGAAGCAGAUUAUAAUGGAUCAAAACGGUUCGUUCAAUACGGCAUUGCUUCUCUUGGUCUGAGACCCUGUGGAUCGCAGUCUCCUGCUAUUUAUACAGAUGUUUCAAAGCAUAUGGAUUGGAUAUUAGAUCAUAUUAAAGAAUAA